AUGGGCUCUGUGGUCUCGGAUACGAGCCAUCACCCGGCUGCCACAGUUGUAACUGCCGCAUCUGAGCUGGGGGGCCUGGGGACGCACGGGUUCCAUAUCUCCUGUUCCCAGUCUGACACUCCUCCAGACACUGCUGCCGGUCCUUCUGGUGUCCCUUUCACCGAGGCGUUCACUCCUUCAGGCACCCGGGCCUACAGCCUCAGCCUGGCCUGCGAGUCUGAGCCGGGAGAGUCGGGCUGGGGCCGGCUCCUCACCCACUGGGAGAACCUGGUGGAGCCAGGUCCAGCUGGUCCUGGCAUUGCUGCUGCUGUCACAGGAGGCCUUCUCCUUCACCCACCACUCUCCAGUUUGCUAUUCUGCCACAAUUUGAGAGAAACUGGGACGACAGUUCCCAAAAUGACAGAGCGGGAAUGUGGUGGCUGCAGCUUGCUGGUCACGGCGGUCAAGUGCUGGGUGUUUCUCCCUGUGUGUGGAGCUGUGAAGCAGUGUGCCUGUGAGCCGGAAGGAGGAGUCUGCCAGCCCCUCGGCCCCUUUUCUGUAGCAGUGGCAGCGGGAGUGGUGGCUGGCGGAGAGGAAUUUACCGCCCAGCAGGCAGUGUGCGCGGCCAAUAGCCCCAGGUCGGAGCCGGGGCAGCAGGCAGUAGUCCGUCCUUCCCUCGCUCGCUCGCUCACUCCGUCCUUCCGAGUCGGGGUGCGGACACCAAAUCCCGGGAUGCAGCUGGACUUCGGGCCCCUGAAGGAGCCGAUCGGCUUCAUCAAGAUCCUCGAGUGGAUAUUUGCAAUUUUUGGAUUUGCAACAUGUGGUGGAUUCAGUGGCAAAACUGCACUGAAUGUGAAAUGCAAAGACGCCAAUGACACUCAGUUAUUUACAGCGAACUUCCAAUAUCCAUUCAGGUUGAACACUGUUUCAAUCAUUCCCAAGAAUACCUGCAAUCAAACUACAGCCUUCUACCUAAUGGGAGAUUUUUCAUCUUCGGCUGAGUUUUUUGUUGCAAUUGCAGUAUUGGCCUUUAUCUACUGUACCGCCGCCCUUGUUCUCUAUAUCGGGUAUCUCCACAUCUACCGGGAUGGCAGCCGUGGACCGAUGAUU